CUUAGAACCUCACACUUUAUACCCAUACCAUAUAUUGUUCUCCAUAUUUAGAAACUAUUAAAUUCAAUGUUUUUUACCUGUUAUAAUGGAUGAAAGGAAAAGGUUGUCGGCGACCCCAAGUUUCGCCAAUGGUCAUCGUUCGGUCAGGAGGAACCUGACUCCACCUCUCCCUUGCUUCUUAUCGCUCCCUAGGUUUACUCCUAACCCCAGGGGGCGGUAGCGCCACUUUGGAACCACUGUUAUAAUCCGAUCAUAAAACUGGGAUUAUCACCUUAUUUUUCUAUAUAAAACAUUAAAUUCAUAUAUAAAGUUUAAUCCGCAAUAUACCUGUCGAUUAUUAAAUUUUUUCGUUCGUUAUUAAUAUAUAAGUUAUUAUUAAAUACGCUACCAGAGAUAAUCGCUGAGGCUAUUUUAACAGAAAGAAGAAGGGAAAAUUUAAUUAUAUGAGGGAAAUUUUAGGGAAAUUUCUGACUACAAGAUUGCUCUUCCAUCGAGAGUAUGUGAUGGAGAAUUAAGCGAUCGAAGUGUGCAGGAAAGUUUUGUUGAGGAAAUUCAAAUUCGUACGAAAAUGCCAGACUUUGGACACAGCGAGGUGUUAUUUACGCAAGGCAGCAAACCCAUGAAGUUUUAUAUGCGUCCUUGUUCCGAAAAACAACGACUCAAACCCGCGAUAGAACAUGGCGGAGGAAUGCUGACUAGUAAGUGGACGGAAGGAAUUUAUCGUUUAAUUCCUCCUGACAGUAAAAAAAUAACCGAAACUGGCAUCUCUUCCAAAUUUAUCGAUGAUUGCAUCGAACAUAAUCGUCUUCUAGACAUGUCCGAUUACGAAAUAAAAUCAAAUGAUGCCGAAGUUAGUGACAUAAGCGAUGAUGAUAGUAAAUAUCAAAUACGAACUACUGCGAGAUGUAUGAAAACCAGGAAGGAAUAUACACGAAAAGACGAUGAACGUAUAAUCAGUUACGUCCUCAAAACGAAAGGAUAUAAUGAUGUCAAAGGUCGUAGUUAUUGGAUACAAAUGCAAGACCGGAAAGUGUUACCUCAGCGCACUUGGCAGUCGCUAAAGGAACAUUUUGUUAAGAAGAUCAUUCCAAACAUUCACACUUUCGAUUUGGAUCCUAAACAGAAAAGGGCAUUCCUGAGACCUUUCGGACGUGCCGGUUCGGAAGAGUCGACCAGUGGAGAUGAAGACUUUGAGUUUUCCAAAACAGAUGACAUGGUAAUUUUAACUUAUAUUCUGAAUAAUGAUAAUUAUCAUAGAAUUAAAAAGCAAUCUUUUUGGAAAGAGUUGAAACAGAAAUAUAUUCCAUAUUGUUCCUGGAUGGAGUUGAGGAAUAGAUUUUUUGAUACUAUUGUGCCUUCCAUUGAUAAAUAUUCUCUUUCUUCGACGAAUAUAAACAGACUUAAAUCGGUGAUUAAAAUUCCAAAUUCUACGUUUUCGGAUGUGGAAAACUUAAGUGGUGAUAAAGUGCAUCCAUCAAACAAGAAUAUUAGUGCAACGAGACUUGCUUCAAAUGUAAAUCCUAAUCAUUCAAAAACUGAUGUUUUUUCUCCUGAAAAAAAUAAUAAAGUAGAAAAUAUGACUGAAAAAGAAAAAACACCUGACACAUUAGCCAAAACAAAAUCCAAUGAUAUUGAUAUAGAAAAGUCAGAUCCUAACUCAAAUUCGAAAUUUCCAGGAAUUUCUUGGACUGUAGUUUUGCAGGCCGAGGAACCACAUCUUUUGUGUAGAGGUUCGUUAGAUGAAACAGAUUCUAGAAAUAAAAAUAAAAACGAUAAACAUUUAAAAUUGCCAGCUUGUAAUGUGGAAACAAAGUCGUCAGAAAAUUUCACAUAUUCUUCAAGUAGUGAUGUAUCUGAAACACCAGAGAAAAAUAAGAAGUUGCAAACUUCUAAAUAUAGAAAAACAGAUAAAGUACACCAAAAAUCUAAAGUUUUAUUUGAAAAGUUUUCUAUGGCUGAUAUUGAGGAAUAUCUUAAAAAGACGAACGAAGAAGGAAGCGAAAACAAAGAAAUGUCUGAGAAAUCCAAUUCAUCUUUACAAAAUCUUUUAAUUGAAAACUUAAGAAAAAGCUUAGUAAAUAAAUUACAUAGUAGAAAUCAUCCAGCUGAUAAAUUAUUGGAAAAUUUAAAAACUGAAAAACUUGAUAAUGUGGAUUCCAGUCUCUUAAUAGGAUUAUAUCAGAAUGAAUCAAAAUUGGAAAGUAGUUCUGAUUCAAAAAAUACUGAUGUGGAUAUGUCAAAUCAAGAUCAAUGUAGUAUGGAUACAGAUGAUUUAGAUAUUGGAGUACCCAUGACAAUGAAUAAGAUUAGUGAUGCUCUGAGUGGUGAGUGGCCUGAAACACAGAAUGAUUUUCAAGAUACAAAUGGUUUGCAAAAUCAGAUUCAUAACUGUGAAAUGAGUCCAAUAAGAAAAAAUGGAAAAAUUGAAGAAUCUACAUCUGAACAUAAUUCUCUCUUAGUGAACAAAUUACGGGCAAAAAUUAAAUCUAUUGUUGGCAAUAGUUCCUUUAAAAACUUAAGUACACCAGAAAGACCAUCCAAAUACAGAAAAAUAAUGGAUGAACAUGAAUGUGCUGAUAAUGAUUUCAAUAGGAAUGAAGGAAAUGCAUUAUCUACUACUUUUCCAUUUUCUGAAAGAGAGAAGAAAAAAAUUUUGUAUGAAGCACUGUUGAAACCAAGAGAGACAGAUCCUCCAUUAGAAAUCAAGCUGAGUUCGUCAAUAAAAGCUGCCCUAAAACAGAUUGAAAAUAUUAAAAAAACCAGUCAGAAUUGGUGCCAGUCACUUGAUUUGCAAAAUGUCUCUCUUUCUACAACUUCAGUCAAUGAACAUUAUGAAAAAAUAAAAGCCUUACAUUCAUAUUUGUAUGAUAUAUAUAUAAUGUCUUUAUCACAUACAGUUUUGAAAAAAUCUCACGAUGACAUCAAGGUAAAUGAUAUUCUUGUACUUUUAAAAUAUUUGAUCACCAAUGGAGGUUUCUCUAUUGAUGACAUAUCCAAACUUAUGAAAAGAGAUAUUCAAUGGAUUUAAUAUAUUUUUCCAUAAAUCAUUAUAUCAUCAUCAUUAUAUAAUAUUGUACAUUAUAUAUAAAAAAUCUUCCUAUUAGAAUGUAUUAGUUUGAACUCAAUUUCUAUAAAUGCAUUUUUGUAUUGUUACUUGUAAAUACAUUAUAUAUCAUUUUUCAUAUGUAAACAAAUACAUUUCAAAUUUUAUCAUAAGACAGUACAAGAGAGAGAAUAUGAUGUGAUAAGUGUAAAUGAUCAUAAUUUAGUCUUGAUCAGCAUCUAAAAAUUUUAUUAAUUUUAAUACCAAAGUGUGAUUUAUAAAUUUUCAAUUUAAAUAUGGAUAAUCUUGUCUUUAAAAGUUCAAAAAAUUAUAUUUUUAUGUAUUAACAGAAUAUAAUAUACAAAUAUGUUUGUUGAGAACGUUUUCUCAUUAAAUAUCUUUUCUUAUAAAACAAUGUUUUAUUUAAUUUUCUGUUUUAAAUGGAAGAUUAUGAAUUCAAAAAUAUGUAAAGACUAUAUAAAAGUAUAAAGGAGUUAUAUGUUUCAGCAUUCUUUGAAUAUUUAAGAAGUUGAAUAUGCCUGUCACAACUAUGAAUUCUAUGGAUAAUAAUGUAUUAUUCAUUAGAAUUCAAAAGUAUGCAACUCAAUGAAUAAGCCAUUGCAAAUAAUUUUGUAUAUAUUUAUAUUCAAUACUUAUAUAUAUGCUAAAAUUAUACACAUUUCUAAUUACAAUUUAAGAAUAUGAAUAGAGAAAUGCCAUCUGAAGUUGCAUUAUUAGCUUAUGUAUAAUAUAAACUAAUACAUUAUUAGCUUAUAUUAUAUACCAAUAAACUGGACAAGUUGUGAUUUUUAAGUUUCCCUAAAAUUCUAAUUAUUAGUUUUAGUCAAAAAAAUAUAGAAUAUAGAGAAAAAUGUAAGUCAUAAAUUGCAAAUACAGUAACACCUCUAUUCUCAAAUUCUCUCCUUAAGUUGAGUUGGUUACAGUGAAUAAUAUAUAACAUAACAUAAUUCACUAUAUAAUAUAACAUUUUCUAUUUCUAAAAUAGAACAAAAUUUCAUGUAUCUCAAUAUUCUUCCUUAAGUUGAAUUAGUCAAAUUCAGCAGUGCUAACCAACCUAUAAGUUCUGUGAAUCCUUUCAACAUCUUGUUUGGUAAAGCUGGAUAAAUAAGUCAAUGACAUUAUCUGUUUUAAAUGAAACAAGCUAUGUCAUUGUCUCACUUAUCCAGCUGUAUUAAAACUGAUUUACCAAGCAAUAUGAAUUUUUCCAUGAUUGGGAUUGCCAGUUUGGUGGAAAAAUCCACCAGAUCUAAUGGGUAUAUUGAAAUGUGGUGUAAUGUAUUAUGCAAAAUUUGAUUUUUGAAUAAAUUCAG